AUGGCCUCUAGUUCUAAUAUUGAUGCUUCAAAUUCUAGCGAUGAUGAAGCAUGGGAACAAAGCGUUGAUGAUCAUAAUCGCCAACUUGAUCGCAUCAUUGAGGAUGUGGUCAUCCAUGCCGCAAGUCUAUCUGUACAACCUACCAAUCAUGCCGUUAGAGGAAGGAUGCGGUAUAUUGAAAGAAGACGUGAGAUAGGCCAUGAAGGUGUGUUCGAGCAGUACUUUUCAGAAGAUCCAAUCUAUCCCCCAGAAUAUUUUCGAACAAGGUUUCGCAUGCGAAAGCCUUUGUUUGAACGUUUAAUGAACAAACUCGUCGCCACCGAUAGAUUUUUUCAACAACACCCUGAUGCAGCUGGCCAUCUUGUCAUCAAAUUUGUUGAAGGUGUAAUUUCCAAUUUCGGAGCUGAGUACCUCAGAAAGCCAACUGAAGAAGAUAUGACAGCUCUUCUUCAUAUCGGAGAACGGUGA